AUGGUCUGGACCUCGCCUACCAAGGCCAGCGCUGUCACUUCUCCCCCUCGACAACGACAAGCUUAUUCCACCGACCAAGAUGGAAAACCAGUCGCGACCCCUGAUUCAGCCUCGACUGGAACCAUCAGAUCUUCAAGAUCGUUACACAGUGCUGCACAGAGACUGCAGCGUCAUGCGCAUUCGAUUCAUGGCCAGACGAGACCUACCACCGCAAUGUCUUUCACAACAUCCAGUUCCGAUAUGAUUCUUGGCCGUGACAUUCAGUCAAGAUCCUCUACUCCGCUCUAUGCGUCUGGGCCUUCUCACAUCUCACAGACUCCAACUUCUUCUCUAGGUGCACUCCUACCAUCGCCACCAGAAGAUACAGUCUCUCGCACUUAUUCCGUAGAAAUGUCUCGGCGUACUUCCGUUAGUACGCAACCCAACCAACGAUAUUCAAACUCGCAGACCUAUGAUCAAGAGAGCACCCAAGAAUUCUACAUACCAUCAGCUCAGCCUUAUACGCCCCUCGCUUAUUCUCCGCCGUCGAUGUCUUCCGCGAGUCUGCUCCCGUCUCCGCCGAUGACACAAGAAUAUCAAUACCUCUCACACGGGCCUCUCAUGUCCCCCACAUUUUCAACGUCCUCCCGCCGCUACUCGGGGGCAGACCGCCGUCCCGCUGGCGUGACCGACAGGAACUCUGAACCAGAGGACCCUGAAGAAUCUGCCCUAUUCGAUUCCGUUCUAGAGGGAAUCGGGCGUGUUCAUGUGUCGAUGAACCGAGAUGACGCAGGCAGAUGGCGAAUCAAGCGAGAAUCUGACGAGAGACCAUAG